AAAGGCCGCUUCGACAGCGCCUCCUUCGCGGCCGCCCGGGGCCGGGGAGGCGCUGCCUCCCCUCGUCCCUCCGCCGCCGGAGGGGUGUGGACCGAACCGGAGCGGGCGCCGCGGCCUCCCAGCGCCGUUUGCAGAGAAGCUGAAACACUGUAAUGUACCACUGAGCUGCACAAGCCAGGAAUGAGCCAGCCCUGGGAAGGAGGACCUGCCAUCCUAGCUGGAGACAUCUGAAGAGAGGACAUUUUAGUCCAGUGGCAUGCUUCAAUAGAAAUUAUUCAGAAAAAGAUGGCUGGCUGUGGUGAAAUAGAUCAUUCGAUCAACAUGCUUUCCACAAAUAGGAAGACAAAUGAGUCAUGUACCAAUGCAGCACCUUCCCUGCAAGUCCCUGAAUGUGCUAUCUGUCUGCAAACAUGUGUCCAUCCAGUAAGUCUGCCCUGUAAACAUGUUUUCUGCUAUCUGUGUGUUAAGGGAGCUUCCUGGCUUGGAAAACGAUGUGCACUCUGCCGGCAGGAGAUUCCUGAGGAUUUUCUUGACAAGCCAACCUUACUGUCACCUGAAGAACUCAAAGCAGCAAGCAGAGGCAAUGGAGAAUAUGCUUGGUACUAUGAAGGUAGAAAUGGCUGGUGGCAGUAUGAUGAACGUACUAGCAGAGAGCUGGAAGAUGCCUUUUCCAAGGGUAAAAAGAGCACUGAAAUGCUAAUUGCUGGUUUUUUAUACGUAGCAGACCUUGAAAAUAUGGUUCAGUAUAGGAGAAAUGAGCACGGACGUCGCAGAAAAAUAAAACGGGACAUAAUAGAUAUACCAAAGAAGGGAGUGGCUGGGCUGAGGUUGGACUGUGACACCAACACUGUCAACCUGACACGAGAAAGCUCUGCUGAUGGUGCAGACAGUAUACUGACUCCAGGGGCUGCAGCUGUGCAGCCUCUAGCAUCCAUUUCUGUGAGGCCCCUACCAGCACUAGAUGGUCAGCUUGUGAGCCCUUCAACGCCAUCACCUGAUGCAAGCAAUUCUCUAGAGAACUCUUUUGCCCACUUGCAAAUAAAUGGAGACAGUAUGGCUGAAAGGAGUCAGAGGGGAGAGGGAGAAGAAGACCAUGAAUCAUCAUCUUCUGGUAGGGUGCCAGCCCCUGACACCUCUGUUGAGGAGACCGAAUCGGAUGCCAGCAGUGACAGCGAGGAUGCGUCUGCCCACCUUCAGCAAUGCCCGUCCUCUGGUCAGCAGAGACACUUGAAUGCUGGUGCAAGCCAGGCUGGAGCAGAUAGACCAGGGGCCGGGGGUGGGGUGGCAAACACAAGUGUAAGAUCUAGAAGGCCAGAUGGACAGUGCACAGUCACUGAAGUUUAAAUCUAGAGCCAUGCAAAAAAAAACAAAAAAAAAAACAAACAAACAAAAAAAACAACUCAGUUGUAAUUUUCUGUAAAUUUUCUGUCCACACUGGCAUUGCACUCAAACCUAGCAGUGUGUUUGGUGGGAGGGUGGGGUGAAGGGGAGAAAACAGAUUUGGCCUGUUUUAACUUAAGUCUCUUAACAUGUCUCAGCUGGAAGACUCUAACUCUAGGAAACUGGGUUGUCCUGUUAAUGGUUUGAAAGCUGUUUAGCAAUGCCCAGUUUUCUUGAAAGUGUCUUGUGUUGAUUUUGUAGCAUUUUCCCCUUAAAGAUACUCUAUCCCUUUUUGGCCAAUGUAUAUCUACUGUACAACUUGAAUUGUCUUCAUUAUCUGACUGUUGCAUUAAGUGUCUUACUACUUUCUGCAUGGAUUGAUGUAUGAAAAGAACACUAAAGCUAUGUGGAAUCAGGCAAGGUGUUAGGUGGGAGCAGGAUGCUUACUUUAAUGUGAGAGAAUAGAUGUGAGUUUGGAGCUAAAAUGUGUUUUUACUAGACAAGAGCAAUCAUUUACCUUCUUUCAAUGGAAAUGUAAAAAUGCUGUUAACUUGUGUUGCAAAUCCUUACCUUUACACUCUCCAUGGCUUUUUCACUGGCUUUGCCAUCUAGUCCUUGUAGUUUGUUUUUUGAGAUCUUUCUUGAUCUGUCUUGUUUUUGUUACAGAAUUUAUAAUUUAAUAAAACUACAUUUUAUCAGCA